CUGCUCAUCAUGUGACGGAGGCUCAGCCUGAGGAAGGGCAAAGGCUGCCUUUCAGGUCCCUGCAAGAUACUCCAUCAUGGCUCUCAGGCUGUUUGUCUUCCUUUGCCUGCUCAGCGCCUCCCGUGCUCUGUACAAGCAGUGGAUUCCAGACACGAACUUUGAACGGGCCAGCAACUGGGACAAGGAGAGAGUGCCCUGUGCCAAUGACAGGCUCAGCUUUCUGCCUCAGAAGGAAGUGUCUGUGUAUGUCCAGUCUGCCCACUCCAUCUCUGAAAUGACUUUGCCCAGGGACGGGGAGUUCAUCCUGGCUCCAGACGCAGGCUUCGUGGCCAGUGAUGGACUGGAGGCGGGCUGUGAAGGAGGCGACACAAUCACCUUCAAGGAUGCUGAUGGACUGCAGUGGUUUGACCCUGAGCUGUGGCAAGCGGCUUCUUCCUCCGAUGACCUGGAGAAAGGAAACUUCCUGUUCUCUGUGCACGCGGAGAGUGUGCCCUGCCAGUACGAUGACGUCAUCUUCAGGCCUGAGACCUCCUUCCGAGUUAACACUUCUGCUGACACACCCAGAAUUCCCGUGAGAAGUGUUUCUAUUCUGGGCAAGCGGUUCAGCAGGGAGCCCCAGUUCUCGCAGUACCUCCAGUCUCCCUUGGGCAGACUGCAGUUCCACGGAGACCACAGCCCCCAGGUGACCGGCUCUCGCUGCACUGACCCCUCGGGCUGCCUCUGUGGGAACUCGGAGAAUCACCAGCGGAUCUGCUCGGCUAUUACCCAGAAUUGUCCACAACUGGAUUGUAAGACACCCCUCCAGCCCACGGGACACUGCUGUACUGUGUGUGGUGCGAUAAUCACCCUGCAGUUCUCACAGGAGUUCAACCUGGAGUCAUAUCGCGCUCGACUGCAGCACCUCUUCCUCAGCCAGCACCGCUAUCACGAGGUGCACAUGGCCGUGUCCAAGGUGCCCGGGACCCAGCGGGGGCUGUGGCUGAUCCCACGCCAGGGGAAGCCAGAGAUCCAGGUGGUUCUGGUGGACUCGAAGGGGAGCGUGGCAGAGGCUCUGGCCCGUGAAAUCAUGGAGGACAUCAAGACACAAGGCGGUCACCUGGGGAUAGCCGACGCAGAGCUACAGACCUCCGGCAACGAGGCCGCGGGAAGGUCUGGUGGGGUGGUGGCGGGAGGCGUGAUCGGGGCCCUGGUGCUGCUCGGAGGGAUAGCCCUUGUGGCCUUCCUGUUCACCUGCGGAGUGAUCCGGCCACCCCCUCUGCCCUCCUUCCCCAGCUGGAAGAAAAGGGAGUCUGAUGACCUCGGGGGUCCUAUAGACCAAGGCUUUGACAACCCCAUCUUUGACAAGGCCUCCGAAUUGCCAGAAAUCCCUGGGCUGCAUGGAGGCAAUGCCCUUAACACCCUCUCCUUCACACAGUCUGGCGUGCACUUUGUCAAUCCUCUGUAUGACGAGACAGACUUGAACGUCUAAGGCUGCACUUCUGAUCAAGGGAAGAUAACACUUAAACUGCAACGCUCAAAAAACGCAUCAAGUUUUCAAGUCACAAACUGAUCACUCACAAAGUUUCUUUGAAAAUCACAAACAUGACAAGCAACAACAUAAGAGGGGUCAAAGUCUGUAUCUGUGCAUGUUUUGUAAAUGUCUGGAUCCGGUUUACUGCUUUCGGCUAAAAACAGUCCAAAACUGGCUUCUCUAUGGCCAGUGUGGCAGAGAACCUCCACACACCACUUUACAAAAACCUCAGCUUGAGGAAGUCUGAAACAACCAGUGGAGCUUAGAAUGACACAAGAUUUAAAAAUGCAGAACGAGGCUCUGACCAUUUAAAAUGCCUUUUUUUUUGCUGCUCUGUAGCGGUCCAGCACACUGUUGUCUUUUGUUGUCUUGUGCAAUUUCUGUUGACUGCAUUGCACCUAACCGCUGAAAAAUAAACUGCUUCGCAAUGACACACACGCCACUCACAAUCGUCAACUGACAGCUGACCGAUUUUCUUCCUCCUGGCUGGAAUUGGUUUUUGUCCAUUUAAUGGUGUGUAAGGAGCACCAGCAGGUGGUGUUCAGAAGGCCUCCUUGUAUGUGCUGGGGCUACCUGCUGGACCCUGUCUGUGACAAGGCAGCUGAGCUGAGGGUGUUGUGUGGUCACACAAAGCAGACAGGAUUGAAGACAAGCAGUUCCUGCAGACAGGCCUGCACUGUGACUGAGGGUUCAGAGAAACCAAACCAUCGAAACUCAUCGACACCUAGGGGCGUCACCCAAGCACUUAAGGCGCUUAUGCCUACAGCUACAUACAAAUAGGGGGAAAUUAAUUUUCCUUCUGGUUCCUUCCAGAAAUAAAGUCGUAUGCAAGGAAUCCGAAACCCCUUUUAUUGGAUCAGACAGCAUUUUGAAGAAAAAAAAAUACGAGUACCUCCCUCUUUUUUUAUUGUCUGUUCAAAAAAAAAAAGUUGCUCACAAUUCAAUAAUUACAAAGACUCAGACUUACAAUUAUUUUUUUUU